AUGAAAACCCUCUUCAACCUGUUGUGCACUCAAUUCGACUUUGAGUCGUACGGCAUGGACUUGCUCUACCUGGGUCGUCAGCUUAUCACGGCUCUGCCCUCUGGAAACGGUACCAAUGUCAGCGAUUUACCUAUCAAACUCCUCGAAGCCGUUGUUCCGGGCUACAGUCUCUUUGCCAAUGCUGCGCAACAAUGGCUCGGCUUUGACGUGAGUCUCGCCAUGACUUGCAUUGCCUUCUUCCUCAUCGCCAAACGUGCAGUCGACUUCAUCUGGAUUCGGGUCUACAACACGUUCCUCAACCAUUUCACGAGCUCUGUACACAUUGAUGGCAGUGAUGAUUUGUACAGCACAGUGCUCGAGUGGAUCGCAGCAACCAGGCCCGAUCUCUCCAAACGAUCUCUCACUGCUCGUACACAGUACGGAAACUUGUACGACUCUGACGAUGAAGAUGAAUCUGAGGAUGCGGAUAUGCUUGCAAAAGUCGCUGUUGGUGAGCAUGGCUACUUCAACUUCUCCAAAACUGCCGCCCGCGCCCCACCUCUCUACGAGCCUGACCAUGGUCAAUUCUGGUUCUCUUCUCCACGCGGCACUUUUCAAUUCAGGAAAAGCGAGUACACCACUCGAGGCAGCGACGGCAUUGAGCGCACAGAGAAUUAUGUCAAUAUCUGCUGUAUCGGUCUCGAUACCAACCCUAUCAAACUGUUGCUCACCGACAUCAAGGCUUGGACUGUGCGCAAAGAAGGUUCCAAGACUGUCAUUCGUAUACCUGCGGAAGAGCGCUGGAAUGGGUGGAUGAGAAGCUCUGAGCGCCCAUCCCGCCCCCUCGACACUGUUAUUCUGGAUCCAGAGCAGAAGUCACGCAUCUUGCAAGACAUGAAUGAAUACUUGCAUCCAUUGAGCUCCAAGUGGUAUGCUUCCCGUGGCAUUCCCUAUCGUCGUGGCUAUCUGUUCUCUGGCCCUCCUGGGACCGGCAAGACAAGUCUGAGCUUCUCACUUGCUGGUAUCUUUGGUCUUGAUAUUCACAUCAUCAACCUUAUGGACCCGACUAUGACUGAGAGUAUGCUGUCAAGAUUGUUCAACAACUUGCCAAAGCGUUGUAUUGUCUUGUUUGAAGACAUUGAUGCUGCUGGUAUCAAGAACCGCAAGGAUGAAUCUGAAUCAGACUCGGACUCUGACUCUGAUUCAGAGACUGAGAGUGUUGAUGUAUAUUCGGUGAAGACGAAGGCUGGCAAGGCCAAGAGCAAGAGUAGAGGGCGUGUCAUGGUCAAAGAUCACAUCAACGGUUCGACAAGGCCACCUAGUUCACACACUGGUGCAGACAACGACCAUGUCAACGGUGACACAAAUCAAGACAUCUUGGUCUUGCCUACUGGGGCCGUCACCAAAGUUCUCGCCCUCNACCAACGCCUCUUCAUCGCCAUCUUCCCAGCGCCGCGGCUCCAGCCCGCUNCACUAUCGACUCUCUUGCCCGCGCCCUCAUCGCAGCAAGCCGUCGAGCCCGCUCUUCAUUCCCAUCCCCUCCCCCUCGCAAACGCCGCCGCAGCCGCAAAGCCAAACCUGCACCCUCCUCCAACANCUCCCGAGGAGCCCGCAUCCAAGAUUUCACUAUCUGGUCUACUCAAUGUGAUUGACGGUGUCGCAACACACGAAGGCCGCAUCCUCAUCAUGACAACCAACCAUCCUGAAAGGCUCGAUCCAGCAUUGAUACGUGCAGGCAGAGUGGACAUGCAAAUCUCGUUCUCCUACGCCACUAGCUCACAAAUCAAGAGCUUGUUUUUGAGAAUGUAUGCUGGAGAUAACGUCCCCAGUACUGUCACACAAACACUGUUGGCGAAAAUCGGUGUGGUGAAAGAUGUGGACAGUACUUCUGGAACUGGAGAUGCAGAGAUGAUGCUUACGAAAGAUGACCUGGAGGGUUUGAGUAUAAGGUUUGCUGACGAGUUGCCAGAGGGAAGGUUUGCUCCUUCCGAUGUGCAGGGCUAUCUACUUUUGUACAGANAAAAGCCUAGGGUGGCUGUUGACAUGGUUGGGGCUUGGAGGGAUACAAAGCUCCUUGAGAUGGCUGAGAAGGAGAAGAACAAGUCUGUUGGCAAGAAAACCAAGAAGACUUGA